AUGGCUGCCAACUGGCAACCCGAGUGCCUUGUGCCUCAGCAUCAGCCGUCCCUGGAGACAGUGAGUGGCCAUUCAGAGCGGGCCCUCCAGAACACGUCUGGAAAUGUUCAGUCAUAUUCAGACAGCCUCGUCCAUGGUCAUACGAGUCGAGAUGAUCGUCUGCAGCACUUGGCCUACAAGUACCCUCAGCAUUCGAUUGCUGCUCACCCUUCCACGGGCCUGAAUCAACAGGCUGUGGCCGCUCGACUGCAUGCCAGGAAGUUGCGUCGACUCAAUUCAGUUGGGCCAAACAUGGCACCUCGACGGGGACGCAGUUACCUGAAGUCUCAGAAGUAUUUGGAGUACCGUGCUCGACCUCGACGUGACACUGGUAAAGAUGGUGAGCCCGUUUGGUCUGACGAGUUGGAGGAUGCUUUCCAGCAAGCGCUGGAAGCCAAUCCCCCAAUGGGCCGGAGAAAAUGGUCCGAGCGUGGAAAGUCUUAUGGACGAAACGAGCUCAUUGCCGAGUACAUCUUCAAGUUGACCGGCAAGCGACGAACCAGAAAGCAGGUUUCCAGUCAUCUUCAAGUGCUCGACUCCUUCCUCAAGGGUGACCCCGAUUGGGAACGCCUUGUCCGUGAACAGUCCACUGAGCGCUCCAGCGCGCAUAUGUCGGCAGUAGGCCCCAAAUGGCGUGCGUCCAUCGAUCACCAGCCGGCUGUAAGCCAAUAUGGUGCGCACGGCCAUUCUCAAUAUCAUUCUCAUCACAUGAGAGCGAUGCAGCCUUACGGUGACCUUCCGCCACCACACUACCCUCUGCCAUCCAACAUGCAGGAUGUUAGCACCAAGAACAUCCAUGGCUUCGGCUUUGACAUGUGGGUCAGUGCACCUCAGCAAGCGAAUCGUAUUGACAAGGCUCUGCAUACAUACACUCGCCUCCAAGGCGAUCUGCAUCACCCCAAUGCUCCUCCCAUGCCCCUUGAGAACGUCAGUGGAUGGCGCUCCUCAUUUCCCCACCUGGCCUGUGUCAUGGAUCAGCUCGAUGGUCCUCUGGACUGUGACAUUAUCAUGCUUGAGGUGAACUUGGAGCUUAUGACAGACUUUCCACCCUCCGGCUCGAAGCUGGGCAUCCAACUUGAAUUGGACUUUGGCCACCCCACUGCCGGCGAUGUGCUCAUGGUCAAUCAGAUGGAAGGUUGGACCUGUGAUACUCGCCUCUAUGAAGAUGGUCGAGAGCUCCGGGAAAGCUGUCAGCCCUUCUCGCAGCCUCAGUCAACCAAAGUGAAGCCCUUGUUUGAGUCUUCGUGGUGGGCCAAAGUAUUCACAGAGUUGACGCAAGAUAAGCGUAUUGCCGAGGACUCUGCAAACCCCGAGAAUAUUCAGUCCACUGACGAGCGCACUCGUCGCUUCUUGCGUUCCCUGUCCGCAGUUCAAGAAAUUCGGGCGGUACCACCAAGCUCCCGCCGUCUUGCCAAUCAAUACCAGGGCGAUGGCCAUGAGAGCGAGCGUAUGGCCAUUCUGGUCUGGAAAUUCCGUCAGACUCGACCUGGGGAAGUCGGGACCACUACUUGGCGCCGCUUGAUUCCCCAUCCUGAACGAACUUCAACCAACAGUCCCCACCCGAACUCUGGGGUGGAUCUUCCUCCUUUGUCCUUGGACUCCAUCUUGCUCAACAAGCCCUCGCAAAGUGUUUACCAGACGCCGCAAGCCCACGAUCUUCUUCAUCACCACAGUCAGACACAAUCGCAAUGGCCCAUGUACGCCUCCUCUCACGAUAAUGUGGCCAACAUGUUCAGCACAUCUAGCCACCUCGACUACCUGUCGUCGAUCACCAAACCUGAGCACACCCUGGGCGAGAAGACAGCGGUGACCUCCGUGCUCGACUCCUUCCCUGUCACCCUGGCCCCCGAAACAUCUCAGGCGUCGAUCCUGAAUGUCUCUAGUGGCGGGCCCUUGAUGAUGAACAUGCACGAUAUGCCGCUCUCUCACGCAGGCCUUCCCUACAGUAUGGGCCACGAUGGCGGCCACUAUGUAUCAACCCAGUCGCAUGGGGUCAAUCUGCACGACAGUCACAGCGUCCUGAACGGGUUCUUUCCUAGUAACACACAGUGUCUGGAUGACAUGAGCAAUGGCCAGACUUCUUGGGGUGCACACUCCAGCUCCCUCGCCGGCGAUGUCGGCGAGAACAACUACCACCAUCAAGCCCACCACAUUCCAUACCAAAAUGAGCACCACGCCUCUGUUCCACGCGAGUCGCAACAGCCACAUCACUUCGAUGGUCUCUUACCCCCGGACGAUAUCAUGGACAAGCUCGUUGGGCGCAUGCCCAACAAUCACAGCAUGCAUGGGGCAGGCCCUGAGCAUGGGAAUACUACAUAUGCCGAGAGCGGUAGUGCGGAGGGGGUCUAA